AUGGAUCUUGUUUACAAGCUUUACAAAAAUCAGGAAUCCUCAUAUCUUCCACGAAAAAUCCUCCAAUCCCUAACAUACUCUUUCAUGGGAUUAGCUUCAAAGAUAGCCUUGUCACGUCAUCAGCUAAACGUUGUCGGUUCGGAACGCCUUUUAUUGGCCAUUGACAAAAGACCUAGUAAUCAGCCUUUGAUUACAGUCAGCAAUCACCAUUCGUGUCUUGACGAUUUUUUCUUGUGUGGUUCGUUGCUUAAACUUAGGCAUUUUGCUAAUGUAACCGUAUGUCGUUGGUGCUUGACAGCUGUAGAUAUAUGUUAUACAACUUCGCUUCAUACCAACUUCUUCUUCUGGUUCAGAGGAGUUCCUAUAUGGCGAAGGGUUCGUGAUCCGCUAUCUGGUAAAAUAACUCACUUUGGUGGGGGGGUUUAUCAACCUAGUAUGGAUUUUUGCAUCAAUUUACUAAAUUCUGGCCAAUGGGUACAUGUAUUUUCCCAGGGGAGAAUUAUUCAACCUCAUGAACGUGGUUCUGAAAAAAAUAUUCGCCUGCGUUGGGGAAUCGGACGAUUGAUAGCCGAAUCAAAAGAACACAAUAUAACCAUGGUACUUGUCGUUUGUAUCAUUUUUACUACUGACAAAUCGUUUUGGGUAAUUAGUUGCUUCAAACGCGAACAACUUGUUCUGCCUCUGUUACGAGAAAAAAAGCUUUUUUAAUAAAUUCUCAGCAGCUAUUAAUCUACUAGUUAAUACGUAUACUGCAUUGAUAUAUAAAUAUAUCCCUAUAUCAGUCAGCCACAAACAAUGUAGGACUUCAAAUGUCUCUGCACUGUCUUUCAGAAAAUAUUACUCUUCAUGGUUCUGUUUCUCAUUGAACCAACUGUCAAACAAAUUUCAUUUUGUAACUAUCGAAUUCAACUUUCCUAGAUAAAUGUAAUUCUAUCUUGUUUAAAUAUCUAAAAAACCUCUUAUCAAAAUAACGAUGUGAUAUCUUCGCACCCCAACCAUAUUCUUAGUAAACUGGUGCAUUCUAGCAUUU